AGGUGGUCGAGAUAAACUCUGAAUUGCUUCAAAGUAUGAUGUCUUCAUUGUUAAACAAUGUUCUGGCCGAGGAUUGUCGAAAUCAGUGGUCCAUGUCACGCCCAUUGCUGGUACUCAUAUUACUAUACGAGGAUUUUUAUCGUUCCUUAAAAGAGAGCAUUAUCUGUGGACAACCAGUUGAAAAACAACACACAAUGGCUCAAUGGUUUGAUGAUUUGAUGUUAGGAAUCGAACGCAAUGUUUCCAGUAAAAAUAAGGAGAAGUUUACGCAAAACCUGUCUACAUUUCGUCGCGACGUAGUUAACCUUCCCAAAACAAUGGCAUAUUCAACAGAAAAUUCCUAUCAGGCCUACACAGAAACAAACUACUCAAUAUCAGUUUAGAUGUUCGUUUACUAAAAUUGUUUCAGAAAUAAAGCCCUACUGUUAGACAUACACAAUUUUUUGUAACUUUAAAUCUGACUCAGAUAUUAUUGAACUUGUUACGAAUGAUAGCUUUAUAAGAAAGGUUUAUAUAUGUACAUCAAAGUUCAAUUAAGUGGUCCGAAUAAUUACCAUAAACAUAAUAAUUUUUCUAU